UGCUGCUGUGGCUAUUGCUAAAGGGAGGAGAAAAUCUUACGACGGAGGGCUUCUUAUUUCUGUUAUUCCCAGCUAGGACUUUUGAAGGACUGUAACGACAACUAGACUGUAAAAGUGACGCGUGGCCGGCGCGACUGAAAUAAUCAUUAAUACCCAGCCGUCAGAAUAGUCGCACUGUGGCUGAGCUGAACGAUGGUGAAGCCAGACAUUCACACUCUGGCCCACCACCUGAAGCAGGAGCGGCUUUACGUGGCAUCAGAGAAGCAACUCAUCCAGCGGUUAAACAAUGAGGUGCUAAAGACUGCAGAGAAGCUUUACCGCACAGCCUGGAUCGCCAAACAGCAAAGGAUCAACCUCGACCGCCUCAUCCUCACCAGUGCGGAGGCCUCUCCAGCAGAAUGCUGCCAGCAUGCCAAGGUGCUUGAGGACACACAGUUUGUGGAUGGUUAUAAGACAUUGGGCUUUCAGGAGAGCAUCUACGGGGAGUUCUUGAGCCAUUUGAGGGAGAACCCGCGGUUGGUGGCCUCCUGUCUGGUUGCAGGAGAGAGACUCAAUCAUGAGCACACACAGGGAGUCAUAUACGCAGUCUUCACCUCGCUCUAUGGCAACUGCAUUAUGCAAGAGGAUGAAAGCUACCUGCUGCAGGUACUACGUUAUUUGGUGGAAUUUGAGCUAAAGGAAAAUGACAACCCUCGGCGCCUGCUACGGCGAGGCACGUGUGCCUUCAGCAUCCUCUUUAAACUGUUCUCCGAGGGCCUGUAUUCAGCCAAGUUAUUCCUUACCGCCACCCUCCAUGAACCCAUCAUGCAACUGCUGGUGGAGGAUGAGGACCAUCUAGAGACAGAUCCAGGCAAACUUAUCGAGCGUUUCACCCCGGCCCAGCAGGAGCGGCUGUUCGGUGAGAAAGGGACAGAUGAAUACCGUAGAAAGGUUCAGGCUGCGGUGGAGGCCAAUGAGGCCAAACUAGUGGCCCUGGUCAACUCUUUCAUUGGCUGCCUUAAGCAGUACACCUACUGCUUCCCACAGAGUCUGCGCUGGAUUGUGUUUCAGAUGUAUAAGACGUUGGCACGGGUGGAGAGGUUAGAGGUCGGGGAGGCAAGGACGAUGUGCACUGAUUUGCUGUUCACAUGUUUCAUCUGCCCAGCCAUUGUCAACCCUGAGCAGUAUGGCAUCAUCUCAGAUGCACCAAUCAAUGAAGUGGCACGCUUCAACCUCAUGCAGGUGGGGCAGUUGUUGCAGCAGUUAGCCAUGUCUGAUGCAGAUGAUGGAGACCCUCGACGUAAAAGCAGUUUGUCAAAGUUUGAUAAGAUGUGUGUUGCUGCCUUUUUGGAUGUAGUCAUUGGCGGAAGAGCUGUUGAGACUCCGCCAAUGACCUCAAUGAACUUGCUUGAGGGCCUUACGCGGACUGUGGUUUACGUGACUCAUAAUCAGCUUUUGGCUCUGGUGGACUUUGUGCGUAGUGUGACGGCAGGCGAUCAGCUCAGAGAAGAGGAUCACAUGGCUCUGGAAACCCUACUGGCCAACAUACCUCAAUCCCGCACAAAAAAGAGCAACAGUUUGGAGCUCACGCCCUCUAACACACCCCAGCUCUCCCCAGCCACUACGCCUGCCAACAAGAAGAACAGACUUCCUAUUGCAGGCUCUCGCAGCCGCAGCCGGUCAAACAUAGCCCAGGAGGGCGACACUGAGGCCAGCUCCCAGGAGUCUCUACAGGAGGUCAUGCCAGAAGAAGUGCUAGUCAUCUCGCUUGGAAGCUCAAUACAGACCGUACCUGGAAUGAUGUCAGAGAAUGAGGUCCUGACUCUGCAUCUUGGAGACUGUGGACCAGGAGAUGCCCCAGUCGAUGACACCAAACUGCACGGCAAACCCGACAAAACACUGCGCUUCUCACUCUGCAGUGACAACCUGGAGGGCAUUUCUGAGGGGCCGUCUAACCGCUCAAAUUCAGUCUCUUCUUUGGACCUGGAAGUGGAGUCUGUGUCAGGAGGAGCACCAGGGCCCUCUGGUAGUAAUGGUGCAGAGGCCUUGCAGCUACUAGAACAUGAACAAGCCACCACUCAGGAUAAUUUGGACGAUAAACUGCGCAAGUUUGAGAUUCGGGACAUGAUGGGCCUGACGGAAGACCGGGACAUUUCUGAGACUGUAAGUGAGACAUGGAGCACAGAUGUCCUGGGCAGUGACUUUGACCCCAAUAUGGAUGAGGACAGAUUGCAGGAAAUAGCAGGGACUGCGGCGGAGAACGCGUUGGGGAGCUUGCUUUGUCUGCCUGUUCUUCUGGACCCAUACGGUUCUACCAUCUCUGAGACGACAAGUGAGGCAUGGAGUGUAGAGGUGCUGCCCAGUGACUCAGAAGCUGCAGACCUGAAGCAGGAGGAACGCUUGCAAGAGCUAGAGAGCUGCUCUGGUGUUGGGAGCACUUCAGACGACACAGAGGUCAGAGAGGUCAGCUCCCGACCCAGCACCCCGGGGCUCAGCGUUGUUUCAGGCAUCAGUGCCACAUCGGAGGACAUCCCCAAUAAGAUUGAGGACCUACGCUCUGAGUGCAGCUCAGAUUUUGGAGGGAAAGAUUCCGUAGCCAGUCCAGAUGGAGAGGACUCUGCACAUGGGGCUCACAGUCUGUCCUGCGCACCCUCUCAAGCAGACUCACUGCUGGCCAUGUUUGAUCCUCUCUCCUCUGGAGAAGGGUCUUCCACUGGUACCAUCGUGCGUCCAAAGGUACACUAUCCCCGUCCCCCACACCCUCCACCUGAUCCACCCAUUCCAGAGGCCAGCAUAACUGGCCAACAGGAGCAUCGCCCACCCCUCUUUGCUCCUCACCUGACCCAGAGUGACCUUGAGCAUCCCAAGCAAAGGCACUCUUACCCUGAAAGACUGGUGAGGAGCCGCAGCACAGAUGUGGUGUCUGCUGGCCGCAGACCCAACAGCGAUCCUGGACUAAACCGCAGGAACAUGAUGGAGGAGAGAGACCCUGCCGGGGUAUUCUCCACAGGGCCCACCUGUUCUCCUAGCAAGGACUCAUUGAAAGGAGAGUCUGAGGACAGAAAGGACAGUGAUGAUGAGAAGUCUGAUAGGAACAGGCCCUGGUGGAAGAAGCGCUUUGUUCCUUCUAUUCCUAAAGUGCUCUAUUGGACUGCAGAGGGUAAACUCCCAGUGCCAAUUGGAGGUCUUAGAAAGCGGGACAAGCCAGAAAAAGACGAGCAAGGUGGGGAAAGAGUCCCACAAGGUUUAUCAGAUGAGCCAUCAAUGCUCAGGCAAAGCUCCAAGACCCAGUCAGCAGAGGCAAUAAUGGACAAGUACAUCAGGUACAUGGAGAAACGGCCCACCCCCAGUGAUGGAGCAGCUGUAGGACCCUAUGUUGGACAAGAGUCAUGUAGGGAAGGAGACAGCGAGCAUGACUCUCCAAAAGACGAAGCUCUGCAAAACAUCUCUGCAGAUGACAUGCCAGACUCUGCCAGUCAGACUGCCCCACCUCAGUAUAAGACAUUCUCCUUCAGUGAUAUUAAGAAGAAAUUACGGAUGGCGCUGUGCUCAGCAGAUUCAGUCAUAUUUCCCAUCAUUCCUCCCGCAACAACACGCAAUGGCCUCCCAGACCACGCAGACCCAGAAGACAAUGAGAUCAGGUGCUUUCUGAAGGUGCAGCUGGCGGAGGCUAUUAACCUGCAGGAUAAGAACCAGAUGGCUCAGAUCCAGGAGACGACGCGCUGCGUCAGCCACCUCGACCCCCGCACCUGCAGAAAACUGCUCACUGCCAUGGCAGAGGACUACAGGAAGCGGGCUCCAUACAUCGCUUAUCUGACACGGUGCCGGCAAGGCCUGCAAACAUCUCAGGCUCAUCUGGAGAGACUCCUGCAGAGAGUGCUGAGAGACAAAGAAGUGGCCAACCGUUAUUUCACAACCGUCUGUGUCCGACUGCUCCUAGAACACAUGGAGUCCAAGAUGCUUGACUUCAUCAAAGCAUUUCAGGGUUGCACAGCAGCUGACGAUAAGACUGCAGCGGUGGAGGAUUUCCUGCGUGACUUGUAUGGCGCUAUGGCCCACGAUGCCAUUUGGCAGUUCGCCAGUGAGGAGCAGCUCCAGGACGCCCAGAUGGCCAUCGAACGCAGCGUCAUGAACCGCAUCUUCAAACUGGCAUUCUACCCUAAUCAGGAUGGGGACAUCCUCAGAGAUGAGCUCUUUCUGGAGCACAUUCAACGUUUAUCCAAAGUGGUGACGGCCAAUCACAAGGCACUGCAGAUCCCAGAAGUGUAUCUGAAAGAAGCACCGUGGCCCUCAGCACAAGCCGAGAUCAGGACAAUUAACGCUUACAAGACCCCUCGAGAUAAAGUGCAGUGUAUCCUGCGUAUGUGCUCCACUAUUAUGAACCUGCUCAGCCUGGCCAAUGAGGACUCAGUACCUGGGGCUGACGACUUUGUCCCUGUGCUUGUGUUUGUUCUAAUUAAAGCGAACCCACCCUGCCUUCUGUCCACCAUUCAGUACAUCAAUAAUUUUUACGCCAGCAGGCUGAGUGGGGAGGAGUGCUAUUGGUGGAUGCAGUUCACUGCCGCCGUGGAAUUCAUUAAAACCAUCGAUGAUCGCAAGUGAAGCAGAACAGCCACCUGUAUGGGCAGACUGUAGGAAGGAGAGAGGACACAGAGUGGACGACUACACUUCCCUUCACCAAGAGCACAUAGCGAGAUGUUGGCUCUGUCUGUAUAGCUGUAUUUAGAGGCAGAAACACUUUAAAAAUGAUCAAAUACCAGGUAUGAUCAUGGCAGGUUUUACUGUGGGGUAUUAAAUGAAUAAAAAAUUUAUAAUACAGCCAAGUGAAAAUGGCUGAUGUUUACUUUGCCUCUACUGAUCUCGCUUAUAACCCACAUCUCUUUUUCUGUAGUACUGGGGGAAGUGCUGGGGCUUAGAAUUAAAUUUUAUAUAAAAGAUUUAGGAAGUCAUUAGCUCUAUUAUAAGAUACUUAUCAAAUAAAAAAAAGGGACCAUGAACUACUUGCAAAGAUUAUGUUCGUGUCUGGGCGCUCCAGAGGGGAAUCAAUGAUUCUAGCUUCCUUGUGUAAACCGUGCAAUCUUAAUCCCAUUCAUAGCUAACUGUCAUAGAUGAGUCAUAUCAAAGAACGCAUCACUAAAGAUGCUGCCAAUGUAUCAAUGUUAAAGUUUAUCGAAUUAAUCAUGCCAUUAUUUUAAUAGGGCAGCUUGUUCUAUGAAUGUAAACAGGUGUAGUCAUUUAUUGUAAAUUCUUUCCUACAUUUCCCAGACAAUUUGAAAAUAAGGACCCACAUAUUUAUAUAAAAUACAUUUUUUAUUUAUUACUUAACUCCUGUAUUUGAUCUUUUUUUAUAUAUAUAUUUACAGACUUGUUCGAUGAAUUUGUUGGACAGAUGGCAGUUCAAUGCACAAUUUGUUUAAGAAGUUGUAGUAAUACAGUACAUUAUAAAACUCACAGAGAGCUGCUAAAACAGGGUGUCUUCACAUUAGCAGAUUUCUGUUUGGAGUUGUAAAUUUGUGCCUUGCAGAUGUUUGCAGUAUAACACUGGUUCUUUUAGUUUUGGUAGAUUUUCUGCCAUGUCUUGGAUUUCCUGUUUUUCCUGAGAUGAGGUCUGACCUGUCAAAGGCAAACCAUGCAAAACAACAGUACUGUAGCAUAUUAACCUGCAAGUAAACAUUAAAAGAAUGCACUAGAAACACGACCAACUAAUGGACAUUUAGAACAUGGAUUGCUUUUGUUGUAAAUGUGGGAAAUUAUUAUUAAAAAAGGAUCUUGACUGCUAGGUCUUCCAAAAUAGUCUGUUGUAUGUGAUCAUACCUUUUCAUAUAAGAUGUAGUAUGAAGAAGGCUCUAUGGGUUUCAAUGUGUCUCCUUCGAUAUCGUGGUCUUGAUCAUUACCACUGUUAACCCUAAGAAAAUAAUUGUUUUUGGUUUGCUCGUUGCUUGUGUUAAGUUCCAUGUAUUGUUUCAGAAUCCUUUUCUAGUUUGAUUCAAAGCCAUGUUAGUAUUUUUUUAAUGCUGAUCCCAAGUAAAAAUACUAGCUAGGAGGGAUAUUCCACUGCCUAUAACAGUAAGACUCCCAAAUUUACAGUAGUGCCUCUUAUUUAUUAGUCUAGGGUAUGUUUUGAGUUUAGAUAUCUAAGAACAUUGAAACACUGUGGCAUCCUCAUAGCCAGUACUUGAGGACUGAUAGGUAAUUGUUUAAGUAGGAUAGUAUGAUCUGAUAUAGUUUAGAAUAAUGCGUCUGUGAUGUGAUGUUCAAUGUGCUGCAGGCUACCUCGCAUCAGUUCCAUACGAGCUCAGUUCCAUUCGAGCUCAUUCAGUCUCUCAUACAUGAUUUGUGUUCAUAACUGUCUUUGCAAUUGAUAUCAAAUUAAUGUUAAGCGGGAAAUGCAUUCAUCAAACCAGAGUAUAGAAUAUUAUGCUUUACUUGCCUAUCAAUAUCUUUUAUUAUCUUCCCAUUAACCUCAGCACAUAGAACUGUACCCUUGAUAUUUUGAUACUGUGUUGUCCAAGAUUUUCCCCCUUAAAUCUCUCUCUCUCUCUUUUUUUUUUUUUUUUUUUUUAAUGAUCACAUGUGCUCAUAAUGACGGCAAUGUUCUGCAGUAGGGUUGGAUGUUGAUAUCGGUCGUAAAAAUAGUAGAUGCACUUAGAACAAUUAGUUCUACCUCCUACCAUGCUAUUACAAAAGGGAUGACUAAACUGUUGUAAUGCCUUCUUUUCUGCUAGCUUUUGUGACCAUUAGAACUCUUUACAGAUUGUAUUCCUGUCCAUCUGAUUUGAAUGGUGCAUGAACUCAGUAUGCUGAUUGCCAGUUGCUAAGCCAUGUAAAAUCUCUGCUCUUGCACAAAAUGUACAAAAUGCAUCAGCUGUAAGAAUCUGUUUAUUUGCAGUGCACUUCGAAACAUUUAUUUUCUCUCUUAUUCAUUUUACUACUACAUUUUUUUUUUUUUUAUAUGAUCCAAUAUAAACACGUUUCACCCUGUCAAUAUGUUCUUUAUAUGGAAUCGGCUCAUAUUGGUUUAUAACUUUGAUGUUACAUAUGGUUCAGCCUUAAGUGUUUUCCAACACUUUGGUGCUCGGUUUGGUUGCAAUUAAUGGAUAUUUUAACAUUUAUCAGCAAUUUCGCAUCUGCAAAGAGUCAAAGACUAUAUUUUCACAUGUACUUUUACUGAGAUUUUUUUUGUCUGUGUGUAAGUCUGCCCUAACAAAAAGAGGCAGCUUGAGGUUUGUGUAACCUGUGGCAAACAAUUAGAAGAUUUUAUUUGCUCAUUGUCUUUUUUUUCCCCCUUGUGUUUUGCUCAAGACUGAAGGGUUGAUAUUUUUUAUACAGUUUUGUGCAAUCUGAAUAAUUGGCCAUAUUCAAACCCACAAGGCUAACAGCCUAAUGUUUGAGACCUACGAUAUGAUGCUGUUUGGAUAAAAUUGACCACGAUAGAUUUAAAAACUCUGGUUUGCUUACUUCACCAAGACAAACUUGCAUACCCAACCAAUGAAUCACAUAACAGAUGCGGUAGUAUAAAUUGGGUUUUGGGGGACUGAAUUUAAGGCCCAGACAGGACUGGUGUAAUGUUAAUAUCUGCACAGGUGUGCUGACACAGUCAUUGUGUUAUCUGUAUACAUUUUGAGCCUUACUAUCCCGAUCAUAUUAUGUUGGACCUCUAUUUUGAGUGAAGAGCAUGCUAAUGAUACAUAGAAUUAUGGAUGGAUGGUUUACAUUUGUGAGCUUAGAUUGUCAGGCUCCUGUUGCAAAGGUAUUUUGUGUAUUAUGUGAUCUAAUAUAAAUCUGUAAAUAUUUCUUAAAAAAAUUAUUAAAAGAGAUUUUUGCC